GGUGCCAGGCUAGGUGUGCGCGUCCGUCGGUCCUUCCGUGCCGCGCCGGGGACCCGCUCCGGAGGCCGCCGGGCCCGUCCCUGUGCCCGGCACCAUGAAGCUGGAGUCUGCAGCCCAGAAUACCCCUCCCGCUUCACCGCCCCCCUCACAGCCCCCUCAGGACCACGGCGACCCCCAAGCGUUGUGGAUUUUCGGGUACGGCUCCCUGGUGUGGAGGCCAGACUUCGCCUACAGCAACAGCCGCGUGGGCUUCGUGCGCGGCUAUAGCCGCCGCUUCUGGCAGGGAGACACCUUCCAUCGGGGCAGCGACAAGAUGCCUGGUCGUGUGGUGACCCUCCUUGAAGAUCGUGAGGGCUGCACUUGGGGUGUGGCGUACCAGGUGCAAGGCGAGCAGGUGGGCGAGGCCCUGAAGUACCUGAACGUGCGGGAGGCAGUGCUCGGCGGCUAUGAUACCAAGGAGGUCACCUUCUACCCUCAAGAGACCCCUGACCAACCACUCAAGGCAUUGGCCUAUGUGGCCACCCCGCAGAACCCUGGUUACCUGGGCCCUGCGCCUGAGGAGGCCAUCGCUACACAGAUCCUGGCCUGCCGAGGCUUCUCUGGCCACAACCUUGAGUACUUGCUGCGCCUGGCAGACUUCAUGCAGCUCUGUGGGCCCCAGGCACAGGACGAGCACCUGGCAGCCAUCGUGGAUGCUGUAGGCACCAUGCUGCCCUGCUUCUGCCCCACUGAGCAGGCUUUGGCACUGGUCUGAGGGGCUGAGCCCCUGUAGGGAGUGCCUACACGGACACGGGGUCAGAUCUCCACUCCAGUGCACACAGACAGACUUGAUAUAGCUGGAGCCCACUGAGAGGACUCGGUGGGCAGACGGGGGCCUCUCUUAAACCCCUGCCUGUCCACCAGCCCCCAGAUCUCCUGCCUGACACUGACUUACUACUUGAAAUUGUAUUUAUUGCACCAUGUUGGUGUGCCGGGCAGGGUGGGGGGGCCUGCCCUAGAUACAGGGGCCCUGCUGAGCAGGGCCCCGCCCCAGGUGCCUGGUGCCUGGCCAGAUGCCCCCCAGUGCUGCUGCUAUCCCCAUACUACCCAGGCCUCCACCUCCCCAGGGAGCCUCCAAGAGCCUUGACCCUCUGUCCCCCACUCCAGACCAACCAUUCCCCAGCCCCAGAAACAAUACCUGCCGAAGGUCCCAGCCUGCUGGUGAGGGUAUAGGAGGGAGUGAGGAGAGGGGGCCCUACAGGAACUGAGGCUCCUGCCAGCCACGCUCAUCCCCCAGUUCCCCAGGGCAGAGCGGGAUCUGGAGGCCAGACAGCUGCUGAGGCUGGGCCUAGGCCUCUUACCCGUUUGGCUUUGUUUCUCUAUCCCUCUUUCUGUCUGUCUGGGCCACUCCUGUCUGUCUGUCUAUUCCUGGGAAGCUCAUCGCUAUAGGCUCUGGCAGCUUCCCAGUCUGUCCCAUACUGUAAUCCAU